CCAGCGCGGCGGAUGUGGAGCAGUUUCGUUCAGAAGUCGAAGCAUUGGAGGCAGAGCAAAGCGAAGAAACCUGGCGACGCAGAGAAACCAAAGCGACUUAUGCUCUGGCGCUGUCGAGCCUUGCCGCACGCGUCUAUGAUGUCACCAUGAACCUGGCAGCUGCACUUGGUGCCUCCGGCGAUGAAGAGGAGGCAAUGGAGGUUUACUUCAGGGCCAAGACAGCCCAUGAAGAUGCCGAAAGCGGCUGGGCCACCAUGGAAGGAAACCACCUCAUCCGCCUCCAAGGUACUUCAACUCCUUCCUAUGCAGAUGUGGCCAUGAAUAUUGGUGACCAUUUGAACGAGCUGGGGAAGGUGGAAGAGGCCAAAGAGCUCUUCUGCAAAGCGAAAGAGGUCUAUCUGGCACAAGGCUGGGAGAGGACUUUGCAUCUCUGCUGCACUUUGUGGAUCUGUGGUGUACGUGGGAUGGGUGUAAAAGGUCAACGGAGGGAGGCGCAAGAGACUUUCCAGGAAGCGCUGAGCGCGUACGAGAAGGUGGUCUUGGGCGAAGAGUCCCCGCAGUAUGCUGAGCUCCUCGAGGAUUUCUGGAUCAUCAUCAAGGACCUGGCCGCCAUUCCCAGGACAU